AUGGAUGCUGCUGCUAUAUCAUUUGGAAGUUCUGCUUUAUCUGCUUUCCUUCAAGUGGCGCUUGACAGAGUGGCUUCACGUGAGUUCCUGAAUCUGUUUGGGGAACGAAAGCAUGAUGAUAAAAUUUUGAACAAGCUAAAGAGGAAUCUGUGGUUGGCCCAGGCCGUGCUGAAUGAUGCUGAAAGUAAGCAGGCUGGAUAUGAUGAGAAGUGGAUGGAUGAGCUUCAAGAUGCAGUUUAUGACGCAGAUGACUUGCUGGAUCAGAUAAGCACGGAAGCUUUAAAAGUAAGAGUGGAGCAUGAGCAAAAAAGUAUGAUCAACCAGGUAAGCACUUGCACAUCAUAUUUGAGUAAUGAGUUCCUUCAGGAUAUUACGCCUAAGAUAGCAGAACUAGUUGAUUUACUAGAGGAACUUGUACAAAAGUUAAAAAUCCUAGGAACAGUAAAGAUUGAGGUGAAUAAACAGUCUCGUAGAGAUUGUUCAAUUUCUUCAAUUGAUGAAAAUGGUGUAUAUGGUAGAGAUGAUGAUAAAGAGAAGAUGAUUAAAAUACUUUUGUGUGAUGAUAGACGGGGAAAAGGUAAUACUGUGAUCCCAAUUGUUGGGAUGGGUGGGAUUGGGAAGACCACUGUUGCACAGCUGGUUUGCAAUGAUAAGCGUGUGAAGGUACAUUUUGACGUUAUAGCUUGGGUCUGCGUGUCUGAGGAGCACGACGUUAUUAAGAUAACAAAAUCACUGCUUGAGGGAUUAGGAUCACUGUGUGAAUCUAUGGAAACCUUGAGCUCCCUUCAGGUAAAGUUGCAGCAAAGUCUAAUCGGGAAGAAGUUCCUUUUUGUUCUGGAUGAUGUAUGGAACAGUAGCUACAGUGACUGGGAGAUGCUGAAGAGUCCUUUCAGUAGUGGGAAACAAGGGAGCAAGAUCAUAGUGACAACACGUGAUGAAAGAGUUGCACUAAUGAUUCGUAAUGGGCCUAUUCAUUUUUUGGAUUUGAUAUCAGACGAAGAUUGCUGGUCUUUGUUUGAGAAGCAUGCAUUCAGGAAUGAAGAUUCCAUGAGAAAUCAAGAACUUGAGGUGAUAGGUAAGGAGAUAGUAAAGAAGUGCAAAGGACUGCCUUUGGCUGCUAAAGUUGCUGGAGGACUCUUGGGAUCAAAAGGGACAUUUAAAGAGUGGGAGGACAUCUUCAAUAGUGAUGAAUGGUGUCAGUCCAAUAGCAAAGAUGGCAUCCUACCUGCCUUGAGGUUGAGCUACAUUCAUAUGCACUCGCAUUUGAAAAGGUGCUUUGCUUACUGUGCAUUAUUUCACAAAGAUUACAAAUUCAAAAAGGAAGAACUAAUUCUACUGUGGAUGGCCAACGAUCUUUUGGAGCACCCUGGAAAUAAUAAAAGGAUUGAAGAUGUAGGUGAUGAGUACUUCUGUGAAUUAAGGCAGAGAGCAUUUUUUCAAAAGUCAAGUGAUGAUAGUUUCUACAUGCAUGAUCUCAUCAAUGAUUUGGCAAACUCUGUUUCAGGGAAGUAUUAUGUCAGGCUAGAAGAUCAUCACCAGCAACAGAGCCUAGUAAAUAAAGUAAGACAUUUCUCGUAUACUUGCGGCUUUUGGGAUGUAUACGAGAAAUUCAAGCAGUUGAGGCAGGCCACACAUUUGAGGACAUUCCUUCCAAUACGGAAGGAUAAGCUAUACAUCCGUCCUAUUAGUAAAAAUUUUUUGCAUGAAAUAGUGCCCAAUUUGAGCUCUUUAAGGGUGCUGUCUUUGGCUGGUUAUUCACUCCCUUAUUUGCCUGAUUCAAUUCAGCGUUUGAAACAACUGCGACUCCUAAAUCUCUCUCUCACAAAUAUAGAAAAUCUACCUGAUUGGGUAUGUACCUUCUAUAAUCUGCAGACCUUGUUGCUUUCAGACUGUAAGAAUCUGGAGGAGUUGCCUGAUGAUAUGGGAAAAUUAAUCAACUUGCGCCACCUUGAUAUUACAGGAACUCCAUUGAAAAAAUUGCCAGCACAAAUUGGUGAACUGAAAUGUCUUCAAGUCCUGACGACUUUUGUUUGUAACAAGGAUCCUGGCCUAAUGAUUGAAGAUCUAGGCAAACUUUGUAAUCUUCGUGGGAAAUUAACUGUUUCUGGGCUAGAAAAUGCUGGUAAUGGGCUUGAUGCUACAUUGGCCAAUAUGAAAGGAAAAAAGCAUCUUGAAGAUCUGUCGCUAGAAUGGAAUGGCACUGCUGAUGAUUCUCAAGAGGCAAUAGAUAUUCUUCAAAAGCUACAACCUAGUUCAAGAAUAAAACGUCUUGAAGUCAAAGGAUAUGGAGGGACAAGAUUUCCGGAUUGGCUUGCAGACCAGUCAUUCCACAACGUCGUAUCAGUGAUCCUCUCCAGAUGUUCAAAUUGCUUUUGCUUACCAGCUCUCGGGCAGCUGCCUUCUUUGAAGUUUCUCACAAUUGCCGAUAUGGGUAAAAUUUCAAUAAUCGACAUGCAGUUUUAUGGGAAUGGUUCUGUCUUUGAAAUAUUUCAAUCUCUCCAAAUAUUGAGAAUUGAAGAAAUGCCUGAAUGGAAGGACUGGCUUGUGCCCAGAAAGGGUGUGUUUUGUGGCCUUCAAGAGCUCCACAUAAUUAAUUGCCCUAAGUUGGUUGGUGAUCUUCCCAAGCAGCUUUUGUCAGUGAGAGAAUUUGAGCUUUCUGGAUGCCCAGGUCUUGUACUUUCAGAUGGUCGAUUCAGUAUGUUUAAUUCCUUGGAUCUCUAUUCUCUCAAGAUAUUGAAAAUCUCCAAUAUGCCCAGUUUGGAGGACUUCACAUCUGAGCUCAAAAAGUUAACUGGUCUUGAAGACUUUGAGAUUGGGAAUUGUCCAAGAUUGACAUCUAUUUGGUCCAUGCCCCUUGACAUGGGGCGCCUGCCAGCUAGCUUGAAAACCCUUAAAAUAUCUGGAUGUCCGCAAUUGCAGUUCCUUCCAAAGGAUUGCUUCUUUGGGUCUCUUGAGCAAUUAAGGAUAAGAGAGGCUGGUGCUGGCGACACGCUGAAGGACCUCUCACUUGGUUUGCUACAGAAGAUUCGUGAUCUUGAAAUUCAAGACUGUGAAGGCUUGGAGUCCUUGUCAUUUGAACACGGGAGUGAAAAUCUUGCAUCACUUGGUUCCAUUUUAUUAUGGGGCUGUGGAAAUCUGAGGUCUUUCCUGCAAGAAGGAUUGCCUGCUGCAAACCUAACGUGGAUAAUGCUCUAUGGCUGCAAGAAACUCAAGUUACUACCAAAAGGGAUGCGAUCGCUCCUCCCAUCUCUUCGACUUUUGUACAUGUGGAAUUGUCCCGAAAUUGAAUGCUUCCCAGAAGAGGGUUUGCCUUUCAGCCUGGAAACCCUUGAAAUCUACAACUGCGAAAUACUGAUGAGCAGAAGAAGGGAGUGGAAUCUGCAGACCCUUCCCUCCCUCAGAGAACUCAUGAUUGGUGAAACCCAUCAGCAGUUGUUUCCUGAGGAUUGGUUGCUGCCUUCAACUCUCAGAGUUCUUCGCAUAUAUUUUCUUCAUAAUCUGGAAGCCCUGAAUUAUAAGAGCCUUAAACAGCUGAUAUCUCUUGAAACUCUGUGCAUUUGGGGAUGCCAUCACCUGCAGUCGCUGCCUAAAGAGGGGCUUCCAAGAUCUCUCUCGCAGCUCAUAGUCUAUGACUGUCCAUUGUUAAAACCCCAUUUAGAUUGCGCAACUGGCCAAGACUGGCGCAAGGUUGCACACAUCUCCUGUUUAAUGGUGGAUGGUGAAUUUGUCCCGUGA